CAAAGCGACACAAUAUGUCAAUAUGAAGUGAUAUAACGCCGAUUUUAUUAAUUUUCAGUGAAAUUUUACAGUUUGUGGAAGUAAAAAUUACAUUAAAAAGGUGUUAAAUGUAUCCAAAAGUAUUAAGUGUCUCGUGAAGUGUUUAAAGAAGAGUUUAUCAAUAUUUACGUAUUAUUAAAACAAGAAAAAUGACUUCUGUUGAUUGGGAUGAAGUAAAAAGACUCGCUGCUGACUUUCAAAAAGCUCAGCUUAGUUUUUCUUUACAAAAACUCUCUGAACGCAAUUGCAUCGAGAUAAUUACAAAGCUUACAGAAGCAAAGCUUCUGAACGUAAUUUUCACAAAUGACGGAAAAGAAUACGUAACACCUCAGCACCUCGGAAAUGAAAUAAAAGAUGAAUUAUACGUGCAUGGAGGGCGAAUUAAUUUAGUCGAAUUAGCAACAAUUUUGAACGUGGAUUUGUCACAAAUUUCAAAAUCAGUCAACGAUAUCGAGAAGCACGAUAAAACAUUGAAACUCGUCCUCGGGCAGCUGAUCGAUCGCAAUUAUUUGAUAAGAAUCGCAGGGGAAAUUAAUGAUAAACUGAGUCAACAUGGUCACAUCAAUAUAUCCGAUUUGACUCUCCAAUAUGAUUUACCGGCCGAAUUUUUGCAAUCUUUGAUCGAAAAAGAGCUGGGAAAAAUUGUAUUUGGCAAACAAGAUCCACAAGAUCCAAGAAUUUUUUACACUGAAGGAUUUGUGGCGAGAAACAAGGCGAAAGUUCGAGGAGCCUUAUCAGCUAUCACAAAACCGACACCUCUUUCAGCGAUUUUGGGCCAAUGUGGAGUUCCAGAUAGAAUUUUCUUUUCAAUUCUUGAGUGUCUGCAAGAAAUGAUGCAAGUGCCAGGAAUUGUUACUGGAAAACAGGGUGGCAAUAGCAUUUACGUACCAUCCAUUUAUUCCAAGAGUCAAAGUGAAUGGGUUGAUAAUUUCUACAAGCAAAAUGGAUAUCUAGAAUACGACGCACUUUCUCGACUGGGUAUAUCAGACCCACGAGGGUUCGUAAAACGCCACUUUCCGAAUGAAAAUCUAACACUACUCGACACAGUAGCUGUCGGCUCGGCAAUAUUAGACCAAGUCGAUGCAAAUAUCGACGAGGCUUUAGUAACCGAGUCCUUCACAGAUAUUUAUCCUCUUCUGCCCUCCGUCUUCAGUCCCAAAGACGUCGAAACAAUCAUAAAAGAAACUCUAAACCGAACAAAAAAAUCGAUUCACAUCUACGCCUCAACUGUCGUAGUUCCCGAGACUUUUUUGCAAACUUUGUACAAAAAACUGGAAUCACUGGCCGAAAAACGAGCGAUUGAACUCGUCGAGAGUGGAAAAUGGCUUCAGUCAAUUGCCGAAAAUAAACUGAGAAAGCCAAUUGAAAUUAGCGAUAAUAAAAGCGACCGAAAAACGGAAAGAAGAAAGAAGGCGAUUGGCGGAAAAACGGGCGGUGGGACUCAGGGGCGUGAGACGAAAACGAAAUCCACCAAGAAAAAAUAUCAGCAGGGAAAAAGUCAGGAUUUGGAUUCUGAUGAGGAAACUACAAAAGUUAGCAAAACCGCUCUUAUUUUAAUGACUCGCGAGGAAAUCCGGAAAGAACUUGAAAAAGAUCCAAAUCUUGAUAUUGACGAUCUCGUCGACGAAUUGGCGGCUUAUUUGCAAAUUUUAUUGAACAAACACGUGACUCAUGUGGCGGAACAAUUGAUGCAAAAAAGCAGCAACACAAAUUUGAACGAAAUUGAGGAUCGACUCAAUAUGAUAGCGGUGAAUCUUCGAGUUUUUGAUAAAGGGAUUAAAAAUUUGGAAAAAAGUUCACAGACGCCGAUGGUGAAAUAUUUGUUGAAAACUUUGGGUCUCGAUUUUGUCACUGAUAUUUUCAAAUUGGCGACUCAGCAGAAUGUUACCCAGUGUCCCAACAAUUUGACGACGGAAGCGAGACAGAAAUUGCUUCAGGAAUUUCCGAAAGGUACUAAAGAAAGCCUCACAGAAUUGCACAGAACAGUUGCUGGAGAAUCGAUAGACGAUUUUUUAAAUGCGAUUGAACCGGCAAUGACUGCUUGUUGUUUGGUUCUAAAAAAAUACGACAAGAAAAAAGAUAGACCUGUAAUUGUCGGUCACAGAGAAGCUUUAUUGGAACAAAUAAAUUCCAGUCAGGAUCCAGCUUUGGUUCUUCAUUUGGCGACGAGUUUAUUGUUUAUUGCUGCAACUCAAUGUGCAAUUCACAUGUCUGGGAGACACGUUUCUUCAAUUCUUAAUUUUUUACAAAAUCAAUUGGUGCCUGAGACAGUAUCUAUUCUCAACAAAUAUCACGAUUUGGUGCUAAAAUUAUUAAUUUCGACCGAAGAAUCGGAGAAGACUGCCGCACUUUUACUCCUCGAGGAAGGUUUACAGGAAAUAAAGAGCAUUGCUAGUGAUGCUAAAAAACAUGUGAAAUCAGACAAACCUCAUGAUUAAACGGUCAAAUUUUUCAUCGC